AUGACUUGCGAACUCAAGACUUUCUGUGAGCUCUUUGCCAACCAUCAGCUGCAACCAAACCACCAUCUCUCGCUCCACCUUGAUAAAUGCCUAUCAUUAUUCAGCCCCAUCCACAGUUGGUGGGCUUUUCUAUUUGAGCACUACAAUGGGAUCAUUCAUAACCUAAACUCCAAUCAAAAACCAGGAGAAAUGGAGAAAAGCUUCCUAAAAUAUUUCUGUAUAGGAGCAAAUCUAAGGGCAUUUGCAUCCCACAUCAAAUUUCCACAGACUGAACUUUAUGAUUUGAUGAUGAAGUCUUUUCACCAAGCUUUUAUUGAGCCUAAUAGCUCCCUUCUCAGCAAUUUCCUCAGCUAUGAAACAACCUCAAUCUUUAGUAUAGCUGACUGGAUGGAAUUAUCUGAAGAUGUUGUGAAAUUGGAUGGAGUUUCAUUCUCGACUCCGAAGAGUUCUCUCAGAAACUCAUUUGUGCUGUUCAAAUUUCUGACAGUUGCUGGAGCCAUUACCGCCGGACAAACAUGCCAGAUAUUUUACAUCACUGUCUUUUCUCCAUCAGACAAGGAUAAGGAUCUAUUUCUCGCCUUUGAGAACCUGGGUACCCAAUUGUAUUACAAUCACUUCAAAUUCCACCCAUGCAUACUAAAGCUGAGUGAUAUAGUUUUGCACUUCAGUUGCUUAGCAUAUGUACCUGAGGAUAUUGGGCAAGAAUGUAUCAUUGCAAAAUUGUUGGACAGGGUUGAUCAGUUACUGUUCAAUGAUAUGCCUAAGAGGCCUUUAUCCUGGGAUUAUCCCAUAGGCAGGUAA